AUGAGACCUAAAAUUACAUAUGCGGUUAAUCAUCUUAGUCAGUACUUAAAGAAACCUACGGACAUUCACUGGCAAGCGGUGAAGAGAAUACUAAGAUAUGUGAGUAGCACUCGACACUUUGGCCUCUACAUUCAACAAGGGUCCGACCUAUCUAUUUCGGCCUUCUCCGAUGCCGAUUGGGCAGCCAAUAUAGACGAUCGAAAAUUAGUUGCUGCUUAUUGCAUCUUUCUUGGUGGUAAUCUUAUCUCCUGGUCCUCAAAGAAACAAUCUGUUGUAACCCGGUCCAGUAAAGAGUCUGAAUAUAGAGCUCUAGCUCAUGCCUCUGUAGAAAUUAUCUGGGUGCGACAACUAGUGUGUGAGAUUGGUGUCAAACAAAAGUCGGCUCCAGUCCUAUGA